UCUAGGAUGACAUCUGGUGUAUUGACUGUGGCCAGUCUUAAAGCUAGUUUUUGCUGUUUGGAACGUGCUGCUCUAAUUCAGAUUUAAAGAGUUUUUUCCUGUUAAUUUGAAGCUCACUGUUCCUCUUGUUUCCGAGGGAAGAAGGACUGAUUUAAGUCAUCUAAAUGGAUGCAAUACUGAAUUACAGGUCAGAAGAUACUGAAGAUUACUACACAUUACUGGGAUGUGAUGAACUAUCUUCGGUUGUAAGAAUUAAAGAAAGAGGAGAGAAACACGAAGGGCGGCUCGACAGUCAACAGGGACAGGUUGAACAAAUCCUGGCAGAAUUUAAAGUCAGAGCUCUGGAAUGUCACCCAGACAAGCAUCCUGAAAACCCCAAAGCUGUGGAGACUUUUCAGAAACUGCAGAAGGCAAAGGAGAUUCUGACCAAUGAAGAGAGUCGAGCCCGCUAUGACCACUGGCGAAGGAGCCAGAUGUCGAUGCCAUUCCAGCAGUGGGAAGCUUUGAAUGAUUCAGUGAAGACGUCAAUGCACUGGGCUGUCAGAGGUAAAAAAGACCUGAUGCUGGAAGAAUCUGACAAGACUCAUACCACCAAGAUUGAAAAUGAGGAAUGGAAUGAGCAAAGAGAAAGAAAGAAAGAGGAGCUGGCUUCAACCACAGAGAAAAUGGAGACGAAAGAACCCAAGCCCCUAGAGAAGUCAGUCUCCCCGCAAAAUUCAGAUUCUUCAAGUUUUUCAGAUGUGAAUCAUUGGCACCUUCGUUUCCGCUGGUCCAAGGAUGCUCCCUCAGAACUCCUGAGGAAGUUCAGAAACUAUGAAAUAUGAAAUAUCUGCUUCAAAAAUGAGGAAGAGCAAGACUGUCCCCUAUGCUGCCAAAAUGCAGUCUUUGUUUAUGUCUUAAAAAUGUCAUGUUUAUGUCAUGUCUGUGAAUUGCUGAGUACUAAUUGAUUCCUCCAUCCUUGAAUCAGUUCUCAUAAUGCUUUUUAAAUGAGAAAAAUUCAGAAGACGAAUUUCUUCCAAUAUUUGAAUAAAUUAAAGCUUUUAGAUACAGAGUAGAUUGUAUUAUAUGCUUUUUCCUAUUAAUACUACUUAUAGAAAUCCAUUAAAAAAUCAAUCUCUGUACAGCGUAUUUAAAUAUUUCAUUGACAUACUGUGAUCUCUAUUAGUGAUGGAUGUAUAAAAAAUGUUUUCUUACCCUUGACUUACAAUGAAAUGUGAAAUUACUUGUCUGAACCCUGUGGAGAGAAAUAAAUAAUUUUCCCA